AUGGCGGAUGUGAUGGGCAGGUGCAGCCAGCUUCCUCGGGCCAGUCGCUUCCCCCUCAGAAUGGUGGAUGUGAUCAGCAGCGGGAACAAGCUCCUUCUGGCCAGCCGCUUCCUCCCCAACAUCAUGGUGGAUGUGCUCAACCUGAGAUUCCCCGUCAACAUGGUGGAUGUCCGCUUCCCCCUCAACAUGGUGGAAGUGAUGGGCAGCCUGGGCAGGCUCCUUCUGGCAAGUCGCUUCCUGAGCAGCCGGAGCAAGCUCCUGUGGGCAAGCCACCCCAACAUGGUGGCUGUGCCCCUCAGCAUGGUGGAUGUGAUGGGCAGAGCGAGGGAGCUCCUGUGGGCAAGCCGCUUCCUCAACAUCAAGCUCCCUCUGGCAAGUCGCUUGACCUUCAACAUGGUGGAUGCGCUCAGCCUGAGAUUCCCCGUCAACAUGGUGGAUGUGCUCAGCUGCCGGAGCAAGCUCCUUCUGGCAAGAGUUCGUGCAGCUCCUUCUGGGCACUCCUGCCCCUUGCAAGCUGAUCCUCCAAACAUGGGCAUCCCUUCGCAGACUCAGCCCGAGUUUUCUAAGAGCAAUGGCAAAGUGGUGACCUAUGACGUGGAGAAGUUGGAAGAUGCUCAG